CAAAGAGGUAAAGAAAGAAUUAGUGAUGGAUAAUCUUAGGCAAACACUUGGGAGUUUUGCAAUGGUAGCAUUACUCUUUAUAGGUUUUAUUUUCAUUUACCAUUGGUCCUUCUCAUCUUACUCGACUCAAUUACUUCUAUCCCAUAAUCAACUACUCUGCCAAAACCAAUCAAAUAUGAGCACCAAUGUUAAUGAAGCAUAUGAUGAGGAUGAUCUUGAUACAGCUUUGGCCAAAGCUUCAAAGGGAAGAAACAAAACAUUGAUAAUUGCUGUAGUUAAUAAAGCUUAUGUAGAACAAGAUGUAAAUGGCGACCCUAUCACCAUGUUUGAUCUAUUUUUAAGCAGCUUUUGGCUUGGAGAAAGAACAAGGUCUUUGAUUGAUAACCUUCUCAUAGUAGCUGUUGAUCAAACGGUACGGUUGAAUUGCUACAAAUUGGAAACAAAUGGUGUUGAUUUUGGAGGUGAGAAAUUAUACAUGUCUGAAGAUUUCAUCAUGAUGAUGUGGAGAAGGACAUUUUUUCUCUUGGAAGUUUUAAGACAUGGUUACACCUUCAUUUUCACGAAAUGUUCCUCAGGAAGAUAUGGUUUCGACCGCAAUUGGAUGAAAGAAUUUGUAAGUAGAAGAGGGUUAAAGGGAGGCGAUAUGAUCGGUCUUCACUAG